CCAUUUCAGAGUCAAAAAGGCCAGGGCCCUAGCGAGAACCUCCACCGCCAAUCGCGCAGUCUGUCUGUGAAACCUUUCCUCCUCUCUAAAGUUAAAACCCUACUCCACAUUCACACGCAUAUCCCAAGAGCCAAAAAGAUUCAAUUCAAACUCCAUUAUCUAUAUAUGAAAUAACCCACACAACAAUCCAAGUUACAUCUGCAAUGGGUCAACAACACGGAGAAGAAUCUGGGGGUGAAGAGUACCUGUUCAAGAUAGUUCUUAUAGGCGACUCUGCAGUGGGGAAAUCGAAUUUGCUGUCAAGGUUUGCGAGAAAUGAGUUUGAUAGCAAUUCUAAGGCAACAAUUGGGGUAGAGUUUCAGACCCAAGUGGUGGAAAUUGAUGGCAAAGAAAUCAAGGCACAGAUCUGGGACACUGCUGGCCAAGAGAGAUUUAGAGCUGUUACCUCUGCUUAUUAUAGAGGUGCUGUUGGUGUGCUAAUUGUCUAUGAUAUCACUAGGAGGACAAGUUUUGAUAGUGUCAAAAGGUGGCUGGAUGAACUCACCACUCAUUGUGAUACUACAGUGGCAAGAAUGCUUGUAGGGAACAAAUGUGAUCUGGAGAACAUUAGAGACGUGAGUGUAGAGGAGGGCAAAGACCUUGCAGAAGAAGAAAGUCUGUUUUUCAUGGAAACAUCAGCUCUUGAUUCAACUAAUGUUCAAACAGCUUUCGAGGUGGUUAUCCGUGAGAUUUAUAACAAUCUGAGCAAGAAGAUUCUGAAUUCUGAUUCUUACAAGGCUGAGUUGAAUCUGAACCGAGUCAGUCUGGUUAAGGACGGAGAGAGUUCAAAGAAAAAUAGUCUCUCUUGCUGUUCUGCAUGAACUUACGAUUUUUCCUUUUAUAAUUAUAAUUUGUUAUUAUUGUUAGUCACCUCACCUGUUCCAUUUCAAUUAAAUACGAUAAGCCAUAUAUUUGCCUUUUUCAAA